AUGAAUUUACCCCAGUUUGAGCGUUUUGAGUGCCAUGAAUAUCUCGCGACCGUGGGUGUGAGAUGGGGAAAAUACGUGAAACGGCUAGAGAACUUUUUCACUGCAUUUGCUGUAACAGACGAUGCCCAGAAGCGAGCGUUGCUCCUGCACUAUUCCGGUCCUGAUGUGCAGGAAAUCUUUGAAACACUUCCAGACACAGCCACAUCUUACUCUGCUGCCAUUAAAGCGCUAGAGAAACAUUUUGUUCCGUCUGUUAAUGUGGAAUAUGAACGUUAUCUGUUUCGUCAGUGUAAACAAUUGAACAAUGAAACUGUUGCUCAGUAUCAUCUCCGUUUGCAGAAGUUAGCUUCAUCAUGUCAAUUCUCGGACAAAACUGCGGAAAUCAAAUCCCAAAUCGUGUUUGGGUGUACAUCGCAAAAUUUGAGGAGGUACGCACUUCGUGAAACUGUUACACUCGAAAAACUUCUUCAUACUGCCCGCACGCUCGAGCAAUCUGAUCAGUAUGCAGCCGAGAUGGAGAGUGCUACAUCUCGAGAAUCAACUGUCGCUGCUACGCGUCAUGACAAGCCCUCAAAUCCGAACUCUGUCCAACGCCAAUUUCGCACUCGUGGAAAACAGCAAGCGACCAGACAGAAAGUCACAUGCAGGAAUUGUGGUGGUCGGUUCCCACAUCCCGCAGAUAAACCCUGUCCGGCAAAAGGGGUUACGUGCCAUUCUUGUGGAAAAUUGAAUCAUUUCCAGAAGUACUGUUUAUCUAGACCAUUAAAGUCCAAUUCUAUCGCAAUUCAUACUGAACAUACAGCAGCAUGUCAAUGCAGCUGUACUAGCUCUCCGCAGCCUGAGCCUCAGCCUCAGCGUGAUCACCAACCUGCUCAGCAUAGUAAGGAAGAGCAAGCUGAAACAAAGGACUAUGUUUUCAAUGUUAAUUCUUCUUCAGCCAACGGACCGUUUGUUCAGAUUGAGGUCAACGGGAUCUCAAUUUCAGCUUUAAUCGAUUCUGGUUCCUCAGUAACGAUUGUGAGUCAGAACACGUAUCGUUCGAUUACACCAAGGCCUCAUCUUGACGCGCCCUCCGUUCCUGUGUAUGCGUAUGGAAGCACAGUCCCGCUUGAUGUUGUUGGAACAUUCACCGCAUCUGUCUCGUAUAAAUCGAAAACAGUGGAAACAAAGAUAUUUGUUGUCACGCACAGUGGUGAUACACUGCUGGGUUGUAGCACUGCCACUGCACUUGGUCUCCUUCAUAUCACGUACAAUCUUCAGCUAAUGCAGUCGUAUAAGGAUCGUUUCCUUGGUAUUGGCAAACUGAAAGAUCACCAAUGCCAUAUUCAUGUUGAUGGAUCCGUUCCUCCUGUAGCAGUUCCCUACCGAAGGAUUCCCUUCCACAUGAGAAAGCGAGUGGAGCAGGAACUUGACAGAUUGCAGGAACUUGAUAUCAUAGAACCGGUACAUGAUACACCUACUCCGUGGGUUUCUCCGAUCACUGUUGUCCCGAAGCGUAACAGUGAUAACAUCCGCAUUUGUGUUGACAUGCGUCACGUCAACAAAGCUGUGAAGCGCGAACGUCACAUCACGCCAACCGUUGAUGAUCUUGUGUCUGCUUUGAAUGGUGCCACAACAUUUAGCACUUUGGAUCUCAACUCGGGCUACCACCAGCUAGAGCUUGAUGAAGAGUCUCGUCCGUACACACACACCAUUCAAGCUGUUCUUCAAGACCUACCGGGUGUCUUGAAUAUAAGUGAUGAUAUUCUUGUGUUCGCGAACAACAAAGCGGACCAUGACAUUCGCCUCAAAGCUGUACUCGAACGCCUUCGUGAGGUGAACCUGACCUUGAACAAGGACAAAUGUGUCUUUGCUGCUGACCGUGUCACAUAUUUUGGUCACGUUUUCUCAUCCAACGGCAUUAGCGCUGAUCCGAGAAAGAUCGAAGCCAUCCGAGCGGUACCUGAACCUCGCACCGUGUCCGAAGUCCGCAGUUUCUUAGGCAUGGUUAAUUACUGUGCCAGGUUCAUCCCUGGUCUGGCCUCGAUUUCAGCACCUCUUCGCCAUCUCACUAAGUCGGAUAGUGAAUGGGAAUGGGGUCUUGCCCAAGCCGACGCCUUCGCUAAGAUCAAGCAAAGAGUUUCGCAACAAUGCACCAUGGCAUACUUCAAUACGGCCAGCACCACUGAACUUAUCGUUGAUGCCAGUCCUCAUGGUCUGGGAGCACUUCUUGUUCAGCAUAACAAGGAGAACACGGUUCCUGUCGCGUUGGCAAGCAGAGCCCUCACAGACGUUGAAUCUCGAUAUUCGCAAACAGAGCGUGAAGCCCUAGCCAUCACAUGGGCUAUUGUCCAUUUUCAUGUGUAUUUGUAUGGUGGAUCGUUUGUAGUCACAACUGACCAUAAGCCGCUAGUAUCGCUCUUCAACAACUGUCAUGCUAAGCCACCGCUCCGUCUUGAAAGAUGGAUCCUGAAGUUGCAAGCGUAUGACUACACCGUCCAGUAUCGUCCUGGUCAGCAUAACCCCGCUGACUACCUCUCGCGACAUCCUCAGUUAUCGGUGAUGAGCGUAUCCGAUGAUCAAUCCAUGGCGGAAGCUCAUGUUAGUUUUGUGGCAUAUCAUGCAGUUCCGAAGUCAGUAUCAAUGUCCGAAAUCGCUGAAGCCACAAAACAGGACCCAGUCCUACAGCACGUCAUUCGCACCAUCAAGAACAACAACUGGCAUGACCUUCUUGCGACCUCUACUGAAAACCAAUCAGAACUCCAGAGCUUGUUCAUUAUUCGAGAGGAAUUGACAGUGGAUGACAAUUCUCUUCUCCUCCGCGGACAUCGCAUAGUAGUCCCGCAGUCUCUUCGUAAACGCAUCAUUGAUAUUGCACAUGAGGGACAUCAAGGCAUCACAAAGACAAAGAGUCUUAUCCGUGAAAAAGUGUGGUUUCCCUCUAUUGACAAGAUGACAGAGAAAAUUGUUCGUGAUUGUAUCACAUGCCAGUCUAACACAAUCGAGCAUGUCAAAGAGCCUCUGCGCAUGUCCCCUCUGCCCCAAAAAGCGUGGUCAGAACUUAGCAUUGAUUUCGCUGAUCUCCCGUCAGGUGACCACCUGCUUGUUGUUAUGGAUGACUAUUCUCGUUUCCCCGAGGUUGAAAUUGUCUCAUCUACUUCAGCUCAGCAAGUCAUCCCCAAGCUAGACCGAAUUUUCUCAAGUUUCGGCGUUCCUGAUAUCGUCCGUACGGAUAAUGGGCCUCCUUUCAACAGUCGUGAAUUCGCUGACUUUGCCGACUACCUGGGUUUCAAGCACAGAAGGGUAACCCCAGGUGGCCCCAAGCGAACGGUGAAGUUGAAAGAUUUAUGA